UGUUGAAUUUAAUCGCUUAGCAACCGUCCGAGAACGAAAACCUCUCCACUUGAGCUGCUCUCGUGCGUUCGAUCGAUCGAAGAAGACAAAAAAGUGUGAUUCACAGAAAAUGGCCUCAGGAAAGAUUCUCAUCUACGGUGGACGCGGUGCACUCGGUGCUUCGUGCGUGCAGUUUUUCAAAAAGAACAACUGGUGGGUUGGUUCGAUCGAUCUGACAGAGAAUGAUGCGGCCGACGCCAACAUUGUGGUGGACCGUGAUGCGGACUGGGUGUCGCAAGAAGCGGCCGUAUUGAGCAAGGUCGGUACGGAGCUGAAGGGCGAAUCGCUGGACGCCAUCAUCUGUGUGGCCGGUGGCUGGGCAGGUGGUAACGCGAAAAAGGAUCUUGCGAAAAAUUCCGACCUCAUGUGGAAGCAGUCGGUGUGGUCGUCGGCAAUUUCGGCUACCGUCGGUGCGAACCAUCUGAAGCCGGGUGGCUUGCUUGUGCUGACCGGAGCUAAUCCCGCGCUCGAGGGAACCCCUGGAAUGAUUGGCUACGGUAUGGCGAAGGCCGCCGUGCAUCAGCUUACGAAAAGUUUGGCCGGUGAAAAAUCCGGAUUGCCAGAUAAUUCGCUCGUCGUUUCCAUCCUUCCCGUGACGCUGGAUACACCGAUGAACCGCAAAUGGAUGCCGGAUGCGGAUACUUCUACCUGGACGCCGCUCGAAUUCCUUGCUGAGUUGUUCCAUAAGUGGUCCAAAGGAGAGGAACGUCCCGCCAACGGUAGCCUGGUGAAGCUGAUUACCAAAGACUCCAAAACUGAGCUGGUAAUCGUCUAAGCGCCCUCCCCGGCAGAUCUUCCCCCGCAUUCCAUGUCCUUUCGAAUCUCAAUCUGUAUGCUCUUUUUCUUUCUCUUUAUCUGCAUUCCAUGACACGGGCGCUUAAAACAAUCAUUCCAGAAAUCGUAAAAUAUCCACAACUAAACGAUUCCCAACUUACUGACGGGAGGCGUUGGUGUGUCAGGUAGCGCUCAUUGUUGUUUAAUUGUUAAAAAUUGAAGCAUACAUCGAAUUCGUUGAUCGAAAACUUAAGUGAAAAUAAAGUGUGUAAUACAUAUGCUGUUA